AGGACAUUAGAGGUCAAUUUUUAAUGGUAUUUGUAUUCAGUAUGACUUAUUGGUUUGGCAAUAAUUCAGGAUUUAUUUAGUAAUUCACAAUGGCAUCUCCUCUACUCGCAAAAGUUGGCGGUUGCAUUGUGCAAUCUGCUUUAGGUUCACAAACAUGUACUUUGGACUCGUUUUGGCGAGAUCAAACAUGUAUUAUUACAUUUUUUCGUCGUUUGGGUUGUAAAUUUUGUCGUUUAGAAGCGAAAAAUUUAAGUUAUUUAAAACCUGCAUUAGAUGCACGUAAUAUUAAAUUAAUGGGUAUUACAUUCGAUGAAAGUGGUGUAAAAGAAUUUUUCGAUGGACAUUAUUUUGAUGGAGAUCUUUAUUUAGAUCCUGAACGUAAAACCUAUAAAGCAUUAGAAUAUAAAAAAGUCUCCGCUUGUUCUGGUUUCAGUUCUUUACUAACAAAAGCUGGUCGUACUUUAAAUGCAAGAGCUAAGGCUGCUAAUAUACCUGGUAAUAUGUCUGGAGAUGGUUGGCAAACAGGUGGACUACUUAUAGUUGAAAAAGGUGGUAAAGUUCUCUAUCAUUUUGAACAGAAAGAAGUUGUGAAUCAUCCAGAUUAUAAGAAAAUUAUUGAUGUAUUAAAAAUUAAUCCUAAAGAUGUCCCAGAAUUUGCCACAGUUCUCUCACAAGAAUGUGAUGAUGCUUGUAAAAUGUGAUCAAUCCGCGAUUGGACAAGGAGCAUGUGAUAUGAUUGAUCAUGUGACCUUGGUUGUUGAUGGUGUUGUUGUUGUUGGUGUUCAACUGCUCAUCAUUAAUAAUCUUCUGUUGUGUGUGUGUGUGUGUGUGUGAUUUUUUCACUGGACAAAAGCUUUUUCAGUUGGCGCUACUUAUUUGAUUAUUUUUAAUCCUAGUGAUUUUAUUUCAUUGUUCUAUGAAAUUUUCUAUUUAAAAAUAUAUUAUAAUUCGUAGUUGUCUCUUUUAAAUCCAUAUUGAGCGUUUUGUUUUAAUCGGAACUCAGGUUUUUUCGCGGUUUUUUCGAACUUUUUGUUAUUGUUCAAUAUAAUUUUUUUUGAUGAUGAUGAUGAUGACGAUGAUGAU